CAAUUAGGAAAAAAAUAGCCUUUAUGUGGGGCUGGGUGUGCAAAGUGGAGCAUCUUUGUCAAACUAUGCAUUAAGACCUUUCAGACUUUACCAUGGGGUCUCUUUCCCUUGGUUCUCCAACAAUCAAGAUAUAUCCCAAAAGCAUGGACUUUUGUUCUAUUGGUGCAGUAGGGAAGGCCGUUGUUAGAUGAUUUCUCUAGCCAAGAUGAGAUUGAACCUUUUGCCUUUCUGCUGGUAUGAAUAGAUGGCUGUGCUUGAUUAGUCUUGAAACAUAGUUAUGGUUCUUGCAGUUCGAUCUAAGAAGGAAGUCCCUGUAGUUGAAUUGGAAAAGCCAGAGAGCAUGAUGCUUCACGGACCCAGCCUCGCCUCAGUUGAAUCCUUGUCCAUGCCUCUUGUUCAAGAAGUGGUUCUAUCAGCAGACAUCCGAUGUGUCCAGUGUCAAAACAGAGUAGCUGAGAUAAUGUCGAGGAUGAAAGAAACCGAUUCUGUAUCAGUAAAUGUGUUGGAGAAGAAGGUAACAAUCAUUUGUAGAUAUCCUGCUGCCUUGUACAAGAAGCCUGUAGGCAAAGCCGCCAUGGUCAAACGGAUAUUCCGUUCUUCACACAGUUGAUUAACAAUACAAAUCUGGAGUGCAACGAGCUAAAAUGUAUGUCUUACUAUAAGAAUUAGUUUAGCAGAAAUAAUUAGUCAUGUAAAAAAAUUGUUUAUUGACAGUAGUGCAAUUGAAAGAAAUAUAGAUACUGUCUAUUCCUGAGCA